AAUACAAACUGUCUACAGCAAAGCAAUGCAGAUAAACGUUUAGUACAAGAAAUUAGGAAUUAAGGCAAUAACCAUUUGUGGUAAAUAAUCCAGCUAUCCUUGUUUGCAUAGUGCAUUGUUGAUGCGUUUGUGAUUGUGUUGGUCCGUGCUAAUUUAUAAACAUGGAAGCUCAGCCAGGUUCCCAAAUUGUGAAAAGUUCUUCAAAUGAUAACGUUAAACAACCGCUACAUUCCAUUCUCGUGAACGGGAACACGGACGAUGAUUUUUUCAAGGUGGCAAAGUUUCGGCCCAGGGCAAAUACGGAGCCCACACCUCCAAAGCCCAAGUUACGGGUGCACUUUGAUCUUCCCGACAUAGUCUUGGAUGACUGUAGUGACAAUGAACAGGACGUCAUCGACACCUCGAGGCCUGAGGAAAUCAACAAAGAACUCGCUAAUACGGCAGAGGGGGCAUUUUUCGUCUUCAAAUCUCCACCGAGACAGCGUUCGAACACGUGUCCCAUUAACAUGUUUGGAGGAUCGAAACCUCGUAAAAACCGACCGCCUACCCCUCCACCUAAAGACAGAAUUCCCCAAGGGAAUCUCCAACGGUAUCCUUCGUGGGAAAAGGUGGACUUUGCUCCACAUACUCUGUGUAGUGUUGAAGAAGCAAAGGAAAUAAAUCAGGACAAUAAACCGUCGGGAUCAGAGUUGGAACACCGCUCAAGGAGGUCUUCCGCAAAUAAACAUGUAAAACCCCGGUCGAGUAUACCUGCGUCAGACUCUCCUUCCGGUUCACCUAAACGGACUCAUGUGAGGCUUAGCAACGGUCACGUCGCACAUAAGACUGGGAAUGCCAUUGAUAUUACAAGUUGAUCAGUAAUUGAUCCAAUUACAUACCUUUGAAAUUAAACGCUGUAUAUGGUUAUUUAUUUCACAAAAUGUCUUCUAAGUAUGUCUUUCUGUCACCAUUACAACGGUGAUCGUAUAAGUGUGUAGACAAUGAAGAACUUAUGUCAUUCAAAAUAUGUUGUUUUAUAGCAUGGCUGUAUAUUGAUUUAUAAUCUCCCUUUAAAUUAUUGUGUACAUUAUCAUAGCAACGAAUCAAAC